AGCUCAAACCUCAAAGCCCCAUCCUAGUCGUCUCUCUUCCUCAUCUCUUCUCCAGCGUCCGAUCUACCUUCGCCUCUCUCUAUUCGUCUCGCGCCAAAUACGAAUCCCUCCUUUUCUCUCUCUUUGCUUUAGGGUUUGUGCUUCGAUCCGAGUUUAGCCUUGUCAGUGACUAUGGCUGAAGCUCCGACGAGCCCCGGCGGUGGCGGCAGUCACGAGAGCGGCGAGCACAGCCCUCGUUCCAACGUGCGAGAGCAGGAUAGGUACCUUCCUAUCGCAAAUAUCAGCAGGAUCAUGAAGAAGGCUCUUCCGGCCAACGGCAAGAUCGCCAAGGAUGCGAAGGAGACUCUCCAAGAAUGCGUUUCCGAGUUCAUCAGUUUCAUCACCAGCGAAGCGAGUGACAAGUGCCAGAAGGAGAAGAGGAAGACAAUUAAUGGUGAUGACUUAUUAUGGGCAAUGGCUACGUUAGGGUUUGAAGAUUAUAUUGAUCCUCUGAAAGUGUAUCUACACAGGUUCAGAGAGAUAGAGGGUGACGCCAAGGGAUCUGUGAAGGGUGGAGAUGGAUCUACUAAAAAAGAUUGAAUUGGUUGAAAUAUACAGGUGGCUUCUUAUGGUGCAUGCAAGGUGUCUACUAAUAGUAUGAUUGUCUUUCAACUGCUUCAUUCAUUUGGAAUUUCCGUUGGCAGAUGGAUUUGUUUGGCUCCUAUAUUUAUAAAUUUAUUUUAUGUGAAGCUUGGAGUGAAAGGAGUCAGUAUCAUGUACAUUUGGGUGUGUUUCUGGAUUUCUCAGUCUGUUGUAGUAUCAAACAAUUUAGGUAGGGUUUGAUUAUUCUCACUCCUGUUUGUUUGUGAUGCAUAGAGAGGGGGGGCGGAGGUGGGGGAGGGAAGGGUGUGGUUUGAUGGGCUCCUCCCCAUUAUUAUUGUUUAAGUGCUAAUAACUGUGAUGGGCUAAAUUGCUUUUUAAGAUUGUUAUGUAACUUCUAUUCUGAUUACUGGACCAUGAAACUCUGUAUCAUUCACUAACCAAAAAUGGACAAAUAUAAAUGAUGCUAAGAAGGGGCAUAAUCUUUAUA